AUGAGUUCUCGGAAAUCUGCAUUCACUUCUUUCGCGAAAGAAUAUUUAAAGGAAAUUUUGAUUCCACACAUAAACGUGCUGGAAUCAAAACGAACAGAUGCAGACUUCAUAAAGAAGAAAGCUGAACUUUGGGGUAAAGUUGCAGACACCUUUAACUCUUCUCCUCAAGUUCAACACGCUACAAGUCAGCAGCUUAAAAAACUAUGGCUUAACAUGAAAGCUAGAGCAAGGGAUGCUAAAAGUCUAGAAAAACAGAGGUCUCACACAGGUGGAGGGCCGUUUGUACCUGACGUGGAUCCAGAUCAUGAAUCUGUUUUAUCUAUGGUGCCUCAUCUCAUGCCUAGCAUAAAUAUCGAAAAAGACAGUGAUGGUCCAGGUGAAAGUGUUGCUGGAGAUGAUGACUCUUUCGCCUGGAAACCAAAAAAAAUGAGAAGGACUUCCCCAGACUGCAUUGAAGAUUACUUCCUAGAAGAUAUCAAUGAGGUGAUAGUAUCUUCAAUGCCAGAAGAUCACUGA